UUUGAUUUAACACGGCUUUUUUAAGAGUGGAUAUAUAAACGUGAACUAAUCGGAAAAUAUAAUUUCAGCUAUUGUUAAGAACUCUCUUUGAUAGCAUCAAUAUGAAGAUUAUAAUAUAAUAUCGAAAAUCUUAUUUAGAAUAAAUAGCCUUGAAAAAAGAAAUAACUUACUUUUCACUUUUCAAAUAUCAUCCUCCUGUGAGAUACACUAAAAUAUUAGUAUGCCAAUAUUGUACUAGUGUAUCGUAAAAUAUUUUCAUCUUUCGAGAUGGUAUACGCGAAAUAGACAUCAUCAGAUACUGUGGUUUUCUUAGUUCCUAAUAUUCUGCAACGAUCAGUGACGCACCAUAAGAUAAUGACUACUACUAGCUCAGCACUAAAUGUAAAGGAUUUUAUAGUCGUACUUUGUACUCUUCAUGGUAAAUGUAAUAAAGAAGAUAUUUCAGAAGAUUAUCCACUUUCAUCGCAGAUGGCAAUUUGUGGAUGUCUGUAUUUUCUUUCGAACGGUAGUAUAACAAAAGAUAUACUGUAUAAAUUAUUAUACAGCAAGAUAUUCGUGCUAUUGUCAAUGUCAAUUAAUCUGCGAUAUAGCCGAGCAAUGAUUAUAGGAUGGGUGACACAUGCAAUUGAAAGGAGAUCAUCACUCUGGUCAUCGUACCCCAUAUCAAUCGUACUGCAGUACAUAUAUAUUAAUAGAAAACAAGAAAAGUAUCAAUUCCAGAAGAAUAAUAAAUAGCUUAAGAUUCGCGAGCAGCUAUUCAUCUUGAUAGUGAUAGUUUGAAUGUGAAACAGAGAAAAGCGGGAGCAUGGACUUCCAAAAUGUAAAUCCUCUAAACGUUUGGAUAAACUUUAUUUCGGGCAAUCUGUUCCCGAUGACCGCCGACGACACGUCGUUUUCUGUACUCUGGAAGAUCUACAGCAUUCUACUGUGGUUGCUCGAGCUAGUCCAAGUGUGCAUGCUAAUCCCCGGAUGCAUUUUAGUGCCGAAGGAGAAGGCGUUGAAAGACGGUAUGGUCGGCCUCGUGGUCACCUUCGAAGUGACCUUCAUGGUCACACGAAUUCAUACGUGUAAGAGACUGAUGCGGCAGCUGAUUCAAAGUCUGAAUGACAUUCUGCACGCGAAGGAUGAGCUAAUGAGGAACAUAGUGGUGGCGACUCUGAAACCAAUGGAGACUCCGUUGAAAUUUUACUUGAUGGCCGGCGUGUUGUCCAUAAUCAUUUGGAGCAGUACACCGUUCGUGUUGGUUUAUCAGAAGGACGUCUUUUUUUAUGUAGAUUUUCGAAUGCCGGUCGCCUACACUAGAGAGCCGUUCUCGACCACUGUCUUCGUGAUUGGAAGUCUCGUUGUGCUGAUGAGCAGCAUAUACAUCUUUAUAAAGAAAGUUAGCGUGGACAGCUACAUGAUGCAUCUGAUACUGAUGAUAACAGCGCAAUAUCGAUACGUAGCGUUGAAGCUCUCGAUGAUAUUUCAAGACAAAGUUCCGCGGGAUGACGGUAAUAGUUAUAAUGAAAAGAAACAUCGUCUCACGAUGGAUUAUCGCGCGGAGAAAGAUAUCAAAGCCUUAUGUCGGCAUCACAACACCAUCGUUCAGAUGACGUUAAUGCUGAGGAAUCUGCUAUCUUUGAACUUUAGUCUGAUAUAUGUGAACAGUAUUUUUCGAUUCUGUGGGAUCGCUAUCAUGGUAUUUGCAAUACCAUCAACGACUUUGCUAGAAACGACUGUAAUCAUUAUGUACGCAUCUGGCGGAAUAGUGCAAUUAUACCUACUAUGUUCCUGUGUCCAACAAUUAUUAGACGCAACUAUCGAGAUAACGGACAAAGCAUUUCAUGAGGAAUGGUAUCGCUAUGGAGGAUUGAUAAAACGUACAUUCAUAAUGAUUAUAAUGGCAAAUAAUUUAGAAUGUAAACUUUCAACAUUUGGAAAAUUUAAUUUAUCUUUACCCUCAUUUAUGACGAUUUUAAAUUCAUCUUAUUCCAUCGCUCUCUUACUUUUGAAGACUAAUUAAAAGUGGGGCGCUAUAACUGUAUGUUUAUAGUAAAUAAAUAUCUCUUAUUAUUCAUAUAUGUAUACAUAUAAUAAUUAAUGUCGAUUGAAUAUGUAUAUAAAAAUUGAAGAAAAAAUUGGUAAAUCUUUAUUAAAGUUUACUUCUGAGGAAUUUAUUAUUUUUGUUUCAAUAAAGGUAAUAACAAAACACAAAUGUACAUCAAAUAAUAUAAUUUGCUUCAAAGUAAUGUUAAAAUGUAAAUUGUUGCAAUAUAAUAGAUAGGUUUUAUUGUAAUGGAACUGUUUUUAUUGUAACGAAGAUAAAAGUUUUUUUAUGUAUGAAUCGUAAAAUGUAUUGCGAAUAUGUUUUUGUCUCAUGUCUUACAUUCCAAAAAUUAUAUAAAA